AUGGUCUUUGUUCCAUUUAUCAGCCGCCGCGAACGUCGUAAACUGGAACGACGGAAAGGUGGAGGGGGCGGAGGACGUGGUGGUGGAGGCGGAGGAGCUGGCCGAGGCAGCUCUGGCGGUAGCGCCGGCGGUGGUGGUAGAGGUGGAAGGUCGACUAGCAUCAACACUGGAGCAGGCACCAAGUCGUCCUCGACGUACAGUAACGGGGGAGGCACACCCGCGGCUCUCCCAGCUGGGUCGCCUUUCGCAGGGCGUAUGGCGGGAGGUGGAACCAGAGGGGAUGUAUACGGCACGAGGCAAUAUGGUAGUGGAUACCCAGGAGUCGCGGGACGAGGUGUAAAUGGACGCGGUUUCCCCUUCUUCUUCUGGCCAGUAGCCUGGGUCGGGACCGGAGUCGGGGCCUCGUAUCUCUAUACAUCACAGUAUGGACAUGCUAGAGACGGUCGGCGACCAGGUGGUCAGCAAUACCGUGCUGCUUUCGAGUCGGGCUCUACAGACUCGACUUUCCGUUUCCUCGCAGAUAAAGAUUCCGUAGAAGCUAUCGCUGAAGUCGUUAAAGAGGAAUGUGGCUCCAUGCUCAAGGACGAUGAUGACAUCCCCAUCGACGAAUACGACGGUGCAGAAGAAGAACCACCGCGCCCGGAGGAAGUGGUGCAGUAUUAUCGAGCGAGUAGUGCUGCCCUCACGCUCGAUGGCUACAAUAAUACGGCCGUGUUCGAGGAGGAAGGAGCUGAGGACGUUCCAUUGCCAUCUGGAAUUGACUCGGGACUUCUUGCCUGUUUGAACGAGACCAUUGGAGAAGCCGUACCGCUCGUGGAUGGCGCUGUGUCCAUUGGCACACCUUCCAACAUUGGCAUCUUUGGGCUUGCUGGGCUGAUAUACCUGGCAUCGCAGUUUUAA